AUGUUACAAAUAGAUCAAAAGGACUAUGGUCACUUCUCAAUCAACAUCAUAUACAAACUGGUAUAUCAUCCUCUUUAUUAUGUCGUCGUUGUUGAAUGCAAGUUCAAAGAUCAUUGGGGAUCCAUUUACGUGAUGGUAUUGACAAUAUGUGAUGCAUUGGUAUUGAUUGCUAUAUUUAUAACGAAUUAUCAACUGGCUUAUCCGUGGUUAAUUAUCAUGAAAAUGACUUUAAUUGGAGAAUUAUGUUUUAUUAUCAAAAUGUACAGUAAGAAUAGAUGCAAGCCAUCUGCAGCUCAUCUUUUUAAUUUUGUUUCCUAA